CAUUUCAUAUUUAGGAUUACUGUGAGUGCCAGCUUUAUCAGAUUUCUCUGUGGUCUUGAAGUCUGAAAAAAUGUGGUUGGGAGGAGAUCUAUUCCACUGGUUUGACUGGGUCGUGGUCGCAGCCACGUUGGGUGUGUCGCUCGCCAUCGGAAUUUACUACGCCCUCAAGGGCAACAAGUCCAAUGAAGAUUUACUCGUUGGGGGCAGGAACAUGGCCGUACUUCCGGUCGCUGCCUCCAUCAUGGUCACUUACGUCUCGGCGAUUACCGUGCUGGGCUUUCCUGCUGAAGUGUAUUCCUUUGGGGGUCAAAUCGUCAUGAUUAACAUCAUGUCUGCCAUCGCAGUGGGGUUCAGUGCAUUUCUUUUCGUGCCAUACUUUUACAAGAUGAAGCUGACGAGUAUAAAUGAGUACUUGGAACACCGUUUCCACUCAACUUUAGUCCGAAGAUUGGCCAGCUUUACAUUCAUCUUGCAACAGAUAACCCUCACCUCGGUUAUCUUGUACGCACCAUCCUUAGCUUUGGAAGCAUUUCUUUCAUUUCCGGUGUGGCUGUCAAUUUUGAGCGUCGGGUUGUGCAGCACUAUUUACACGUCUGUGGGUGGCCUGAGAGCAGUCGUGUUUACCGAUCUUUUCCAAUCUGUCAUGAUGGUGGCGGGCAUGGUGGCCAUUGUGAUAAAGGGAUUUUCUUCUGUGGGAGGCGUUGGCGAAGCAUUCCGUCGUGCCAAUGAUGGCGGAAGGUUUAAUUUUAUUGACACAACUUUUGAUCCAUUCAUGCGUCACAAUAUCUGGAAUUUUCUGGUGGGGACGACAUUUUAUGCGAUUAUGCAACCUGCCGUGCAUCAGCUCCAGGUCCAACGUUACUGUAGCAUGCCGACCCUCGCAAAGGCAAAAAGCGUAAUCCUGUGCAGCGUCCCUUUUAAGUUACUCAUCAUCGGUCUCUGUCUGCUAUCUGGGAUCUCAAUUUUUGCCAUGUACGACGGAUGUGAUCCCUUCAAGCUCAACAAGAUUAAGAAAGUUGAUCAGAUCGUGCCCUACUUUGUCGUCGAGGAGAUGGCCUCCAUUCCAGGAAUGUUGGGUCUUUUCACAGCCUGCAUAUUUAGCGCGGUGUUGUCCUCGGUCUCGUCCGCGCUCAAUUCUCUGGCUGCCGUCACGUGGGAAGACUUCCUUAAGGGGAGAAAGCUCUUUGCGGAAAUGACACCGACUGCACAAGCAAAUACGACACGAGUUAUUGGAUUUCUCUACGGAGUGCUGAUAAUUUCGUUGGCAUUUCUCGCUCAAAAUCUUGGAGCUCUUUACUCCGCCACGUAUGCCGCGGUCGGGGCAACUGCGGGGGCGAUCUAUGGCGUCUUCAUUUUAGGGAUGGCCUUUCCUAAAGCGAACACUAGAGGUGCCACGCUUGGGCUGGUGAUCGGACUGGGAUCCAUGAUGUUUAUUAGUGUGAUGGCCUUCGUGAAAAAGAAGACACUGCCCCAUUUACCGACCUCAAUUGAUCAGUGCCCCCAAUCAAAUGGUACAGUAAUCAAGUCCAUGGAACCAGUGGAAGAAAUUGAAAGUUGGGCUGAAAAGAUAUUCCAACUCUCGUACCUUCUCUACUCUCUCGUGGCGGCGAUAAUAACUGUAACUACAGGGCUACUAUUCUCAGUGGGAUCCAACUCAAAAGGAGUUUGCACAGAUGUAAAAUAUUUGCAUCCCGCAAUACGAAAAUUUGUGAGGAUUGAUAUUGCCAGAAAUAGUACAAAUGACGACAAGAUAUGAUAAUUGGGCACUUUAUGUAAACCAAAAUUGUUCCCUAACAGUAAAAGUACAUGAAUAAAUAUGUGUGUGGAAUGUACCAAAAAAUUUGACCAAUUAAAACGCAUCACAAUUACUGUUUCAAAAUUA